AUGGAAAAGAAGACAUCUAAGUUGGAAGGCACUCUUGAAUUUCCUCUCAACGAAAGCAAGGAUCUUAUGAAAAUGAAGACAGGAGAGGAAGAACAGGAAAAGAAUGGCAAAUAUUUCAUAAGAAUAGUGGAUAAGGAAGUUACUGACUUAGAACAAAUAAUAAACAGCGCAGAAUCUGAUCUGGAAACUUUCAGACCACAGAUGAGCGAGGAGGUACAAGGAAAGGUCCUUGCAGCUACAGGGAAAGCCCGCCUCCUCAUCGCUCAGAAGGUCGAACAGUUUAGAGGCCUGUGUCAACAAAACAUUGAUGGGCCCAAAGGUGAAGAACCCACUAUAUUGGCUGCAGAUCUAGAAGGCUUUUGGGACAUGGUGUCCAUCCAGGUGGAAAAUGUACACCACCUUUUCAAAGAGAUCAGUGUUCUUAAAACUAAUGGUUGGAAAGAGGACCUAAUUACACAGACCAUUAAUAAUGUCACCAAAGGCCACGAGAAGAAGAAACCAAUGAAAGUUAUGAAAAAGGCUAUGAAGAGUUCCUCUCAGGAACAAAAGUCAAGAGACGAGGCCCGGAAGAAACUACUGGAGGAGAGACGUAAGGCAAUGAAGGAGGCACUGAAAGCUAAAGAAGGUCAGCCUGAUGCAAAUGGCAGCAUAGAUGGAGUGGAAAUUCUUGUGGCAGAAGAGAAAAUAACCCAUUUGCAGGAGAAUUUACCAGGAGAAAAAGAGGACGAGCAGACAAAGCACAAUGAAGGUUGCCCAGGUAAAAUGAGAAAACACAAAGGAUGA